UGGCAACAUGUCACCUGCGUGCGUUUGUUUUGUUUACGCUUUGCUUUCUUUUUAAAACUUUGCGAAUUGAACUAAUUCAAACUCAUUGCUUUCAACGAACAAAUCAGCCGAGAUUUAAAAUGGCUCAAAUGUACAUGAAUUUUGUGUAAAGCUUAAAGAAUGGCCGAUGAUCCAGAACGAGAUGUGUAUCCUACAAAAGAAAUGAAAGAGCUGCAUUCACAAGGAGAUUUUGAAAUUCAUGUUCCAGAUAGACAUACUUUUAUAGAGAAAAGAACAGGUCCUCAUAUCACUAGAAGUGACCUGGAAGAUCAGUUUUAUAAAUUUAAGGAAGAAAAUUAUCAAUUGAAGAAAGCAGCUAAAAAGCAAGAAGAUGAACUAAAACGAUUAGCUACCAAAAUGACUAGAUUAUUAAGAGAAAAGAAAAAUAUGGAACUUAUAAAUAGCCCGGGUCAUAAAAGGGACUUAGAACUUGAAGAAAUGGUUGAAGAUUUACAAGAUAAAGUUCGUCAAUUAGAAAAAACAAAUUCUCAUUUGAGAGAGAAAAUGUUAGUUGCAAAACAACAAGUCAUUAACCAAGUCAGACGACCAAAUCCAUACAGUCAUAUUCCACCUAAAGUAAAUUCUGGGAUUUCUAGGAGUGGAAUAUCUCCAUAUUUUUUGUCUCUUAGCUUCAAAGGGAAAAGUCCUCAAUCAUUGUCAAGAAAACCACCUGUUGCACCUAUACCUCCUUAUGCAAUUAGUUUAUUGGAGGAAGCAAGAAAUGAUAUUUCAGAGCUGAAAAUGAUGGUGUCAAAUCAAAAAUCUCAAAUUGAAUUUUAUGAACAGGAGAAUGAGAUUUUGAAACAAAAGGUAAUUCUUAUUGUAAUUAGUUUUUUUUCUGAGCAUAUCAAUAGCCUAGAAUGAAAAACCCCAUACCUCAAAAAAAAAAAAAAAAAUCUUAAAUAUGUUUUAUAUGUUAUUUGAUGAAUAAA